CUAAAUCAUUAUCAUGUUUUUUCUUUGUGGAUACAGAUCUCCAGAAAUGCACGGCACUAUCACAGGUGUAUUCAAGAAUCAAGUAAGUGAGGAGACUACUCUAACAGCAGAUAACGUGCAGUGAUUUUUCGGUGGAUAUAUAGUUCCCCGUGCACUCAUCAAUUGUGCUUUUCACUCUGAGUGUAGAUCGAUUGGAUUCCACUAAAUACAGGAUCAGUUCGACCAACCCAGGGUAAAACAUGGUAUGUAAUUUAGACAGCUAUUGUUUUGAUGGGGAAUUCAUAUUCAAUAGUCUGUCUAACCGUUGGAUUGUAUGCGUGUGUUGUACGAUUUCGGUCAGCUGCGUGGCGCAAGUGAACGGUGGGAGCCAGAGCUUCAAUGCAGUCAACGCCUUGAGAUUGCUGGCACGCUGGAUGCGCAUGCCCUGUUGCACGAACCAAUCUUCCAUCGCGAAAGCAUGGCAGGAGUUCGACGACAACGGAAGAAUGAAAGAUUCCAGCUUUCGGGAAAGAGUUGUAGAUGUGGCAGAGGAGUUUGCUAAAUUCACGGCCGUCAUGGCACCGGUGAAGGAUUCCCUCACCGACCGAUACGCAGAGCGCAAGGAAAAAGCGGCAAAGGGCCGUCUUCUCACUCAAGAAGAGAAGGAACUGGAGAAAAAGAAAACAAAAAUGGUAGAAGAAUCCAGGAAAGGAUGAGAGAAGAAUGCCAGCGAUUCUUCAUUUAAGGUGUUGUUACUACAGUAACUGACAAAUUAAUUAUUCGAUUGAUACUUUCUUAGCCUCUGAUUUCACCACCGAUUUAAUAUACAAAUAUACAGCAAUAUAACUAUUCAAUCAGAAAAUCAUGCCAUAGGCUCCCAAUUACUUUUCGUUACGAAUCCUGUCGAUCAUCAUGUCGUGCCAAUUCGAAAUCGAUGGAGAUGCAAAUGGUGUUGCUGGUAUAUGCGGCGUCCCGCGGGAAGAAUUUCCAGCAUUGUCGUCUGUCUCAUCCAAACUCGAUGAUUGAUUCCGAGAUGCGGUUGUAUUCUCGGGGUAGUUGUAUGUAUACUGAUAGCCUUUAUAUAGCAACCAGGCAAAAAAUGUGGUCCAAACAAGGGGUAUAGAUAAGAAAAUAAGAAUCGGCAACGUCCACGGGAUCAAGGCGAGACGCAAAAAGGAUAGCACGGAAGUUUCCAUGGAUUCAAAACGGGUUUCAAAUAGCUGAUGACGACAAAAACCCCUGCUAUCUGUAGGAAAAGAAUUGUGCCUUGAAAAAUAUUGAAGCAUGCGAUCUUUCUCGGCCCAUUUCUUGUCCAACCAAGAAGCAUCUCGCAGAACUUCCUCCAUGCUGUACCGUUUGAUUCGAAUGUGUACCUCCUUUGGGUAACAUCGACGAAGCGUAUGCCAUAGAGAAAGAAGCGAUAGAUUGUCUUCUUCGGCGGGAAUACACCCCUUGUAUCCGCGAUAGGCUACUGUUACGUCAUAAAUUACAGGGCUUGAUUCGCGGAGACUGCUGAUGCUGGCAUUGAACCCAGUAGUUCUAGGCAACAACAAAUGUUUCAACUGGGGUCUUCCUUCUCGUUUCGCAAAACCGUUGCUUCUCGCUAAAACCGUAUUUCUACUUUCGCCAUUGUAGAGAGACCAGCCUUCUGGAAAGAGUAGGAAGUGGACAGGUGCCGUGGCUCCUUCACUGUCGGUAAAUGAACGCAGCAACUUGAACAAACUCUCCCUGUCAGAAACGUAUCCUUCUUCGUCGAUCAAAGGAAAUUCCAGGAAUGAAUUGAAGAACUUCGCAGCUAGCACCAAAUCCGGUGACGGUUCUUUUCGUGUCAGGGCAUUUCCGUUGGAAAUGGCAUAAUUUCUUCCACCGACGGAAGGGUUGUCGUCGGUCGGGGCGCCCGUGUACUGGACCGAAGAGGCUUUGCGCGGCGACGACUCCGGCGUUGUUCUCGAUGCUUCGCGAGGAACGUGCUUGUUCAGUCGGAAUAUUUCAUUCCUCAAGAAGAACUUGAUGCUACCUCUCAGUCCGACGCAACGCCCGAGCGCCAAUAGGCUGUACCAGUCGGCAUUCAUCACGUGGUUCGAAACCAAAAUCGAUGUUCCGACCGGGUUCGGAACAUCCGAGUCCCCCGUCAGACAUAUCCGAGUAUUUGGCAAGAGCAGCGAGAUAGCUUCCAGGUAGCUCCCGGUGCCUAUCUGGUUGACCAGUCUGCGAUAGACCGUGGUAGAAAACGGGCGCACAAACGUGUACAGCAACACCACAACGGUCCAGAGUCCGAACGAAAUCCAGAAGGCCGCUGCUCCAAAGAAUUGAUCCACGACCCAAUUCAAAAGGCUGUCUUCUUCCCCCUCCUCGUCACCGUUUCCUAGGAAUGUGUCGGGGUGGAAGCGAGUUCGAGCGGAGGACGGAUCCGGAAGAUCUGACGCCGAAUCAUCGAUCCUGCAGCGAAUAUCUUCGAACGAAGGACGGUGGCGAAGAACAGGGUGUUCACUAUUGUUACCCGAUC